CCCAUCAAACUGUAAGGCAAUCACAGAUGGAGUGGAGACAAAUUCAAAUGGACCCCAGAUUGGAAGGACCAAACGCGGAGCCCGGGUUCACAGUCACGAAGGGGGUCCACAAGUGCAGGCAGCCUCAGAGCAAAUGCGGCACUGCAGCCUCAUGCCAGCGAUUUGGUCAGCAAAAUCCCAGGCACACACGCUCGGAGCAGCAGCAGCAGGCUCACCCCUCACUUUGUAUUUAUACAUUUCUUCCCGAUUCCGCAUCGCCCCAUCACAAGGCCUCGGAGGAGGUGGAGGAGGAGAUACACUGUUUUUCUACUACAACCGUAGCAUCACAAGCAAGUCUGCACUUUCUCGGCACUUUUUUCCGAUCGGGCUGCUCCAUAGUUAGGAGUUGGCAGGUGGGUGCAGAGAAGAAAGGGGACGAGGACGGGGUCGCUGGUUUGCUCGCUGGUUGGGAGACUGGCUAUGGAUGGUCGCCCUGCGCCUGCGCUGUUCCGGUUGCCCUCGCUUGCGCGCAAGUCGUCCGCUCCUCCGCAGCUGCUUUUCUGCUGGGGUGUGCUUCUCAUUGCCGCAGGUGUGGUGGGUUUCGGUGUGCUCUUGUACGCUGCCCUGCUGUCAAAGCUGCUCCCGCCCUGCGGAGUACCCUUCCUGGACGCUGUUCGCGGCGACUGGUAUUACAGUUUGGUGGUUCCAUUGACUGGACCAGUGUUUGUGGCGGCUGUGUACUUCCACUGGCUGAGCAUGAAGCUGUUCAAGCAUGCUUGACAUGGGAAGAGGCGGCAUGAAAAAAGCGGUGCGCAUCGGUAGACCUCAACAGUGCGGAAGGGCGAUGGGUGUGCAUAAUGCAGGGGUUGUAGCGAUUGGGUGGUAGCAUUUGUGUGUUGAAAGUGAGGAAAGUUUCGGCGGGACGGAAGCGUCUGUCGUGAGGAGCGAGGACAGAUUUGGAUACCCAAAGUGGAAGAGAGAUCGGGAGUGAGUUAUGGCGGAGAGGGAGAGAAAUGGCAGCCCUGUGCAUGGGCGGCAACAGAGGGGUGUGGGCAUCCCCCAUCCGCGAUCGGGGUCUGCGUCCGGUUCGGUGCAGAACUCCGUGAAGAAGAGCCAGAAUUAUGCUGCCAAAGCCGCGGCAGCGCGUCUUGCUCAGGUUAUGCAGGCGAAUCGCGACUCCAUAGACGACGAUGAUGAGGAUAUUGAUAUUCCUCGUUACAGUCCAUACAUGCCGAGUGCGAGGGAUCCUUCGAGAGAUCAAUCUCCGCUUCUCGCUCCGAGGGGGCGGUAUGACAGCAGUCCAGCGACGCUGGGGAGCACGUUGCGGCCGACGGCGAAUCCUCGGGGUUCUCUGAGGCCUACGGCAAUAAGUGGAACGCAGGGAGCCGCUGUUCAGCGACCGAGACCAGUGUUGCCGUCGGCUGUGAUGAGGUCGACGUCUCCGACGCCGGAGCCUCUAGUAGAGCGCGCACGGAGGUUCUCGUCGGACUCGACACCUUCGUCUAGUAGCGGGUACGAUUCGUUGGGACCGAAUGCGAGGAGAGAGACUGCAGCUUUGCGUGAUGAAAUUGACAUGCUGCAGGAGGAGAACGAGUCGCUGUCAGAAAAGCUGCGGAUAGUGGAGGAGAAGCUACAGGAGAAGGAGUUGAGGUCGCGAGAGCUGGAGAAGCAGGUGACUGCACUCGGGGAAGGUAUCUCGCUUGACUCACGCAUUCUGAACAGGAAGGAGCAGUUCCUGAAGCAGCGAGAGGCUGCCCUGAAGGCAGCCAAGGAGCAGAGCAAGGAUGUGAAGGACGAUGAGAUCGCGGCGUUGCGGGUGGAGGCGGAGGUGGCGAGAGAGGAAGCAGUAGCGGCGUCUGAAGCCGCACGGGAGGUGGAGAUGGAGGUGAAGGCAUUGCGGACGAUGACGCAUCGCAUGAUUUUAACGCAGGAGGAGAUGGAGGAGGUGGUUCUGAAACGGUGCUGGCUGGCGCGGUACUGGGGACUGGCUGCGAAGCACGGUAUACAUCCGGAGAUCGCAGCUGGGAAGUCGGAGUUCUGGUCGUCGCUGGCACCGCUGCCGCUGGAGGUGGUGCUGUCGGCAGGGCAGCGUGCGAAGGAGGAGCCGAGUGGGCGGAGCCGAAACAGCACUGCGGCGAACGCGACGAAGGGCAAGGUACGGGACGUGAGCGACAUAACGGGAGAGGGGAACAUCGAGAGCAUGCUGGCAGUGGAGAAGGGGUUGAGGGAGCUGGCAGCUCUGAAGGUAGAGGACGCCGUGAUGCUGGCAUUGUCUCGGCACCGGCAGAGUUCUGGUCCGUCGACUUCCGCAAGCCCGAGCGGUCUGAGGGGGCUGGAUGGUUUCGACCUGAGCCCUGCGGAGGUGGAGGACGUGCAGUUCAAGCAGGCGUGGCUGGUGUAUUUCUGGCGGCGUGCGAAGACGAACGGCGUGGAGGCGGACUACGCGGACGAGUGCAUACAGCUGUGGAUCAGUCGGACGAUGAUGCAGCCGUCGGUGCGAGACCUGGUGGACGUGGAGCGCGGGCUGAUGGAGCUUCGGAAGUUGGGGAUAGAGGAGCAGCUGUGGAACGUGUCGCGGAGGGAGAUAGCGAACGAAGCGGCGAACCAGAAGGUGGAUGUGCUGGAGGUGUUGCAAGCGCCAGGGACGCUUCAAAGGGUGACGAGUGCACCCGCUAUGUAGGAGGUAGGGGGCGUAGUAUUAGAUGGGAAGUAAUGUCCUGAUUUUGAUUGUAGGAUGUGGGUGCGCAUGGAAGAGGAGCGCACAGAUGGGGAAGCGAGAUGAUGGGCGGCUGUGUAGUGUAGAUGCGUAGGGCAUUGGGCAGAAGUGGAGAAGCAGUGCAGUGCAGUGCAGUGUUGUUAUGGUUAUGGUUGGUGGAGGUGCGGACGCGGGAAGUGGUGGGUGAAUUGGGGUUUAUGCGAGGUGAUGAGUGUGUAGAAUGAAGCAGGGUGGCAAUGGUGGACUAGGGAGAUUAACGUAUAUGUGAGUUCGGGAUGGUGUAGUGAUUAGAGAAACGUUGGUGUUUUGGGAUGCAUGGAUCAGGGACUGGACACAACGUGGGCAUUGUUGAGUAACAUCGAAGUCUGAGUGUAAGCAAGCACUUAUACAAUAGAUAUAAUUUUUCUCAGA